GUUCACCGAGAUGACGUCAUUUAGCAACUAAUACGCAACUGGUGAUGCGUGUGAAAUUUGUAUCACACACCCAGACGUUGACCAGAAAUUAACAUAAUACGGUCUACUCGAAUCGUUCAGCGCAGAACAAGAAUGUGGGCGUGGCUUCGCGAAAAUUCCAGGUGACUCAUCGAUUUCACUGGCCUCUGCAGGUAUAAAUAUACCUGUGUCUCUUUACACCUGUUAUACCACACACCUGAAGCCAAGUCAGUGACCAGUAGCGACAACAGACGUAAACCAUGUCAAAACGAACAUUUAUCACAAUCCUCUGUGGCUUAUUGGUGUUCAAAUUAACCUGCGCUAUUCCAGAAUGCGCGAACAAGCGCGCGGAGAUCUUCUUCCUCCUCGACUCUUCCUCCAGCAUCUGGAGAGUCCACUAUGACCUGCAGCUCAAAUUCGUGUCCCAGGUCGUCGAGUAUCUCGACAUCGGCUCAGACAGAGUCCGUGUGGGGGCCGCCAUUUUCUCCACCCGCUACGUGCCGCAAAUACGACUGGACUCGUUUUACGACAAGGCGUCCCUGCAGGGAGCCAUCCUGAAUAUCCCGUACCUCAGUGGCGAAACCUACACGGACAUCGCCAUCAAGGCGAUGCGAGAAGAGGGCCUGGCCGAUGUCAGACGUGAUGUUGUGAAGAUCGGCGUCGUUCUUACCGAUGGUCGCUCGCACUACAUGGCGAAGACGGUGAGCGAGUCGGCGGCGACUAAGGCGAGCGGGGUGGUGAUGUUCGCCGUGGGGAUCGGGUCGAGCGUCGACAGGCGAGAGUUGGCCGCCAUAGCCAGCGAGCCCAGGGAGAGGUACGUCAUCCAGGUGGGCAACUUCAACCUCUUGGACAAGUUCAAGGACGAACUGGCCACGAAGAUCUGUCAGACUAAACUACCCCCUGCUGACGAAAAUGAACCAGAAUGUGGGCGUGGUAAACGAACUGACAUAAUGUUCCUGUUUGAUGCCGCCGCCAUGGGGACUACAAAGGUCGGAGUCAUUCAAGACUUCGUCGCCGACGUCAUACAGGAGUUCAACAUGGCGCAGGACGCGACCCACGUGGGUAUCCUCUCCAGCAACCUCCACCACGACGACAUCAAGCUCAACAUGUAUCUAGACCGGAACUCUCUGGGUAAGGACCUCCGAAGUCGAGACUAUCCGGAACUCAGUCAACUGGUACGAAACUUACGUCUCUACAGCUUUAAUCCGGCAAAUGGCGGAAGAUCCGGUGCUCACAAAAUGGCGGUGCUUUUCCUAGACGAACGAUUACGGAACCCCGCGAAAAUGAUGGCGGAGAUUUUACGAGCGAAAUAUGUUAAUAUCGAAAUAGUCGUAGUUACGAUCGGCUCGCAGUACGACAAAUCGGAGGUGUUAAGAAUUGCUACGUCACAAAAUCACGUGAUCAGUAUUCCAUCGUUCCAGACACUCGCCAAAUCGAAAGAAGCGUUUGUUAGAAAGUUUUGUUCUUUCGUAUGCGCGUGUACAGAGGAGGUUGAGGCUCUCACUCUUGCUGCCCACAUCAUCAGCACCAGACAGGAGAAUUGCUCACACGUCGUCUUCCAAACUUAUGCUCUCUCUGCCCUCCAGGCUCUUGAAAACAACAAGCUUGACAGACUUUCAGAAGCCCUACAUCCUAUAAGCAGUGUCAACCAAGUCGUGUUACAAUGGAUCCCUGCUCACUGUGGCAUACCAGGAAAUGAAAAUGCAGACAGACUGGCAAAACUGGGUGCAGCUAAAGAACAGGAGGAUAACUGGGUGAUAUACGAAGAGAUGAAAUCCCAUAUUAAAUCUCUCUAUAGACCUCCCAAACAAACCAAUGAUUAUUAUCUGCUGUCCCGUCAGGAACAGGUCAUAAUUUUCCGACUAAGGACUGGAUACAACAGGCUGAACCAGCAUAUGCAUAAAAGGUUCCGGCUGGUACCGUCUUCCAUAUGCUCCUGUGGAGAAGCAGAACAGACGACCGAACAUGUCAUCCAAGACUGCAUAAACCUACAGUCAACAAGAAAAACUCAAUUACAGACGAUAAAAACCGUAACCGCACGAGAAGCUGAUCCAGAUAGCCAGAAUUCUGAGCUAGAAAUCACGUGUGUUUGUCAUCCAGCCGUUGGGAUAAUGAACACAAUAUCCAGUGUUUUGUGUUUUCUUACAUGGGUAACGAUUCCAGAGCAUAGUUACUCCAUUCCAGUAAAACAACCGAAAUGUCGUGAGAAAGUCGCAGACAUCAUCUUCGCCUUGGACUCGUCUAGUUCCAUAUGGGAAGACGACUUCAAACAACAACUCAACUUCGUCGCCAACGUCGCCAAUUCCUUCAUCCUCGGCCAGAACAACAUCCAGGUGGGAGUGGUCACAUUCGGAAGUGACGUCAGACUAGAUUUCCACCUGAACGCGCACACGAGCCCUACCGAUCUGAUGGCGGCGCUGAAAAACAUCUCCUACCUCGGCGGAGGCACCAACACCGGAAGUGCGAUCAGGUACAUCCGGAAGGAGAUGUUCAGAGAGAAACAUGGCGGCCGUCCCUGGGCUGCCAAGAUCCUGGUGUUGGUGACGGACGGGCUAUCGCAGAACACGACGUCCACGUUGAUGGAGGCGUCCUUCGCGCACUACAACAACAUCGAGGUGUUUGCGAUUGGCGUAGGCGGCGGCGUGGACGACUUCGAACUGCGCAGCAUCACCAGCGAGCCGUCCGAGACCCACGUGUUCAGAGUGGAUGGUUAUGAGGCUCUGGACGCUAUCAGAACUACAAUCGAACAGAGGACCUGUGAACGACCUUCCAAGGACCAUCCCCCAGGCUCGGUUAAAGAGGAACCAGCAGACACGCCAACAGAACGUUGUGGCGGAAAACCAGCAGACGUCUACUUCGUCCUGGACGCCUCUAGCUCCAUCUGGCCACCGGAUUUCGCCACACAGGUGGACUUCGUGAAGGCCGUCAUCGACACGUUCGACCUCGGUGCCAACAAGACUCGGGUCGGGGUCAUCACCUACAGCGACGGCGUGCACGUGCAGGUGCCACUGGGCAGCACCUACGACAGGACGGAGCUGAAGAGCAGGAUCGAGACUACACCCUUCCUCACAGGUCGAACCAACACUGGCGGUGUUAUCGAGUACCUCACCGACGUCGCCUUCAGCCACGACGUCGCACGGCACGGAGCCGCCCACGUGGCCAUCAUUCUCACUGACGGCCAGUCGAGCAAGUUACCGGAAACUGUCCGCCAGGCUGCGCGUGCUCACGAGCGCGGAAUAUAUUUGUUCUCGGUCGGAAUCGGGCAGCAGACGGACGUGUACGAACUGAUGGCGAUCGCGUCGGACCCGGAUGAGGACUUCGUGUUCAAGGUGGACGACUUCGACGGGUUGACUAAAAUAACCGAUCUACUAGCAAUCAAAACAUGCAAUGUUGAAGUCCCAGAAUUUCCAAACGACCAGCCAGAUUCUUGCAACUGGAAACGACCAUCUGACAUCGUAUUUGUCUUCGAUACUGCUUCUAUCGGAAGGCGUCACAGUGACGUCAUCGAAAACGUCAUCAGCCACGUGGUACAUAAGUUAAACAUAUCACAGAAAAGCAACCACUUUGGUAUUCUACGGGACAAUUUUCCCGAUACCGGAAACGUAGGACUCUCCGAGUUUUUCGAACCGGAAGCGUUUGCAAAAUCAACGAAAUACUCUAAAUUCCACACCUUACAGCCUCUACUUCACAACAUGAGGCGAUUUAGUUUCCACCCGGCCUUUGGUGGCCGGCCCCAUGUUCAGAAGAAAGCUGUGAUCUUUGUGGAUGACAAACUGUAUAAUUCCAAGGAGACAUUGCUCGAGGCAGAGCGAGCCAAAUUUAAGAACAUUAAAAUAUUUGUCGUGGCAGUCGGUGGACAUUGUAAGCGGAAGGAGCUGCAGGCCAUGUGUUCUAAACCAGCCAAUCAGCACCUGCUACACGUAGAGAGCUAUGCUCACCUGAGACUACAGUCUGAUGAGAUUGCUGAUAUGCUCUGUCAAGGUUCAAGGUCUUCAAACAGGUGAACCAAUUCCAGGAAGUGACGUCAGACGUUGCGGAUCUCUCACAAUACCAUAAAAUAUAUUACUUGGCAUUGCGACUUUAAGUACACACCCCGUACACGUAUAUGUUGUUGUUUGGUCUAGAAUCAUCCUAAUGAUGUGAAUUGUUGCUCAUCGAUUGUGUUGUGUGUAUCUGUCCCAGGUCAAUGAAGCGGAGGUCAUUGUAACACAUCAAUAUUUAGCUUAUGUUUUGUCGAAAUUUUCAUUUUAAUUUAUUAAACUAUUUUUAGUACCAUUCAACAUUUAUGUAACGCAGAAUCUGGCAUUUAAUACUCGUCCCCUCCACCAUGUAAUGUUUUGUAACGUUUAAAUAACUCUCCACUGUUUCUACUUUCUGUCUCACUGUGCUAUCAUUUUACCAAGAUUAUUGGAUUUUCUGUCGGUAGUUUUGCUUUGUUUUGAUAAAACGUCAUCUAUUGAAGGAGUGGGGCGGGACGUAGCCCAGUGGUAAGACGCUCGCUCGAUGCGCGGUCGGCGUGGGAUCAAUCCCCGUCGGUGGGCCCAUUGGGCUAUUUCUCGUUUCCGCCAGUGCACCACAACUGGUAUAUCAAAGGCCGUGGUAUAUACUACCCUGUCUGUGGGAUGGUGCUUAUAAAAGUGCCCUCCCCUCUCUCCAUUAUCGUUAUUUGAAAUAUUAAACAACCUCUCAAUUCAUAAUUUAGAAUUUAAAUUUAAUGCCUUAUAUAUUUUUUUAAAUUAUAAAAAAUUUAAAUACCCGCAAGUGACGAUAUUAUCACAUAUUUAUUUUAUUGGAUAUGUGCACGUGACUUGUGUCAGUUGUGAGCUGACCGAUAUGGUUUCCUAAAUACCGUAAAUACCUGGUCAAUGUCCGAUGUCUCGAAUAGAAGCCUGGGUCUUGAGUACAUCUCUUCACCGGUAUAUUGGAAUCCCCUCAGUGUACAUCAGUGUAUAUGACAGUUACUGUAUGUUUAUUACACUGACAUGUCCGAAAUAACAAGCCUUUAAUUCUACCCUGGACAACCCUGCAUCUGAAAAAAAAAUAAGAAAAAAAAUCGUUCUGCUUAUAAUCGAGUAUUUACGGUAUACAGUUGGGUUUUUUUUUCUGGCCUGAGUUUAAUAUAAUUAUUUUUAACUUAACUAUUUACCUAUAUUACGGUUUUACAAAAUGUGUAAUGUUGUUUGUGUUGAUUAUCAUGAAAUUAUAAUAAUGUGGAAAAUCAUUAUGUGAUAAUAUGACUUUAAGAAAUGUACUGCAUGUAAAGACCUGGGUUACUUAAUAUAUUAUUGAAAACCAUUGUCGAAUAACAUGGCUUUACAAACAUAUACAUGCAUAUUAUAUUUUGAAUGUUUAAAUUGUUUAUAUUGUGAAUCAUUUAACCUUAUUUAUUGUUAUGUGAAAAAUGGAACAACCGCGCGAUAUUAUUGCUUUAAAAACCGGACCUUUUACUUAGUCCGGUGUUUGUCCGUUUUAGAGUGGUUUCACUGUGUUUAUAGAUAUACUAGUGUAUUAAAGAUGACUGCAUGGCUUUAACGUAGUCUGUUAAAAAUAGCAAAGUUUGCCAAAAUUAGUUUUAGUAUAUUUGAUGUUAAUCCACAUAUACGCAUGUACUGGUAAUUGUCACUCAGUGAUGACUUUUCUGCUCCUAAUAACUAGCAGGUAACAUUUAAAGGUGCAUUAUCGCAGUCCCAAACUGCCAUAUUUGCCAUAUAUAUUUGUACCAUAUUUGUGAUGGAAAACUAAAAGUAAUCAACUCGAUGAUACCGAAAUUGUAAUUUGCUGCCAUUAGGCGCAAAAAGCAGCUUACACUAGAUUUCUGGGUAAAAUUAAAAAUUAAAAACAAAAGACACCGUCACCUUAUAUGUAUUUCUGUUGGCAAAAGGGGAAUUUUUGUUUUACCAAAAAAUGGCACUGUUUCUUAUUUUUCUGGGAUGUGCGAUUCCGCCUUUAAAAGUCAUUCUGAAUGCGCCAAACUACUGGCAGAUAUAUAUAGCACUGAUGUUUUGAUUGGUCGAAUGAAGGCCAUUUUAUCACGGAAUAACGUUGGUUUAGCUCAGAUCUCCUAGAAGAGAGUUCCAGUUUAGCCAUUCGUUUGUAUGCCUAAUUCUAUACUUUUAUUAUUAUGUUAUUUUAAUUAUAUUAUUACAUGUUAAUGUGUAUUUUAUUAUUUGUGUUAAUGGUUGUGUUUAAUAUGUUUUGUGUAUUUAUUGUGUAUUUAUUACUGAUAUGAGGAAUAAGACUGUUACGUUUGCUUAAGUUUGAGUGGCAAUAUAAUUAUUAAAGGUGUGUUUUGUUUUCACCAAGUGUGAAAGUAUUAAUUUAUUGAAAUAUUCAUGCUUUGACUGUGAUAUGAACAUAGUACAUGUUGAUCGACACGCCCACAUUUAAUAAUAAAGUUUUGUUAUAUCG